AUGGAUUUCCCCCCUGCUGGACGCGGCGGCUGCUUCAACUGUGGCGAAGCUUCUCAUCAGGCCAAGGAUUGCCCCAAGAAGGGAAACCCUACCUGCUACAACUGCAACGGCCAAGGUCACUUGAGCCGUGAAUGCCAGGAGCCCGCCAAGGAGAAGUCCUGCUACCGUUGCGGCCAGACCGGACAUCUUUCCCGCGAAUGCCCCCAGGGCGGUGACAGCGGCUACUCUGGUGGUUCUCAGGAAUGCUACAAGUGCGGACAGGUCGGCCACAUUGCGCGAAACUGCUCCCAGGGUGGUAACUACGGUGGUGGCUACGGUGGCGGUUAUGGUGGUGGCUUCGGUGGCCCCGGUGCCGGUGGUCGCCAGCAGACCUGCUACUCGUGCGGUGGUUUCGGCCACAUGGCCCGUGACUGCACUCAGGGUCAGAAGUGCUACAACUGCGGCGAGGUUGGCCACGUCUCCCGCGACUGCCCUACUGAGGCCAAGGGUGAGCGCAUGUGCUACAAGUGCAAGCAACCCGGCCACGUUCAGUCCGCCUGCCCUAACUGA